CUGUGUUGUGUGUUCUCCGGGGUGAUGGAGGAGAGGAUGUAGCCGCUCGGGCCCGGUCACUUCUUCUUCUUCAAACACGCAACGUCCAUUCGGUUUCUUUUUUAAAAAAGCCCCGCGGCCUCGCGACACGAUGGCCGGUAUCAGGUCCGUUAACGGGAGGCUGUCCGGCAUCAACCCCGCUGUCAGUUGCUGUCGCAUGCGCCAGGUCCAGUCUCUUCUCUGCGGGGGAGGGGCCACCACUCCUGAUGGCGUCCUGUGCUCUCUUGGAAUUGACAGCAGAUAUAAUGGGGGGUGCACUGAGCUGGCGAAAUACCUUUUCUACGGACUCUACGAAAGAAAUCCGCUGAAUCUGGAUCACGUCCUUGAGGAGUUUCCAGAAGAAAUGCUCGAUGAUGUGAUCCUGCUGAUCAAGGCCGAGUGUGUUCACCUGUACUGCAACCCACUGAACUACAGUUACCUGUUGCCCUACGUCUCCCACUGGAGGAACCUGCAUCUUUACUGCAUGACAGAGGCAGAGUAUGAAGAUGAGGAAGCUGCGGAGGAAUUCAAAAUCUCCAGCUUUGUCAGGAUGGUACAGGACUGCUAUCGCAUCGGAGUGCCGUUCAGCUCCCAGGGACACAUCCAGAAGUUUGAUAUGUUUAUGGUGGAGAAGUGGCCCCUGAUUCAAGCAUUUGCCUUGGAAGGCAUCGGUGGAGGAAGCUUUUUUACCAUCAAAUACAAGCUUAUAGAUAUAAGUGAGAAACUUUGGCAGGUGUACACCAGACUCGACCCAGUGUCUCUGGACAGUCUGCUCGCUGAGGACUUGAUCAACUUUGAGAAGCAGUGGAGUGGCUUUUUCUCCAGCAUGGACCUGGAGAGUCAUCUGUCCAUCCUGGAACUGUCUGAAGCUCAGGCAGGGGAGUUAUUCCGUUCGUAUUACUCUCACGGACUGAUCUCCAGCAACAUCACAGAUAAAAGUAAAAGCCAGCAGCCCUUUGUGAUGUUUGGGAAGCACUCGUCGUCAGAGGACCUGGAGAACGAUUCGUUCAACUUCCCUUCAGAAAGUCAUCAGGUCCGCAACACGGGGCCUCAGGGUUCUACAGCCACACACAUGGUUCUGCAGUGUGUGGCUCCUAAAGGACCCUUAGCCUGCUCCAGAACCUAUUUCUUUGGGACGACCCACUCUCCAUACCUGGGAAAUCAAACUAAGGAGCCGAAGAAAAUCGAAGUCUUACUUUUAUCACAGAUUUAUUCAGCUGCCGUUCAAGCCGUCCUUUCAGGAAUCAAGUGCUACUCCUGCACCUCGAGUGCCACCAAAGCCAAGGAUGUAGCAGAGACCACUUUCCUCGUGGCUUUGGACUUGAUGAAUUUAAGCCAGUACCGCAGUUUUCUCAGGUCCAAGUGUGAAUUCAGCAUUCAAGCCGUGAACAAGGAAGGGAGGAUCAUUCCUCUGACUGACAAGCAAAGCCGUUAUGUAUUAAAAACAGCCUCCAUGACCAUCCACGACAUCCCCGACCUGCAGAGCAACAGAGGCGACCUGGGCUCUGUCGUCUUCUCCGAAUCCUUCUUAGAAUCCAGCAUCAAUAUCCAGCAGAAAGAUGGCACUGUGUCCUCAGACAGCUGCUACACCAUCCUGACUACAACCGUGCCUCGCUAUGCCUGCUGGCCGAUGGAGGCAGAUGUGAAGCAAUCUGAGCAAGCCCAGCAUCUUACGAAGAAAGAGGAAGGCACUUGUUUGGGAACGGCUCUGACUGUGGCAGAUGCUGCAUAUGCUUUCUCCAGCAGCCAGCUCUCCACGCCAGAAGAAGGAAAGAUCAUCUUCUUCUCUGAGGGAAUCCUGUUCAUCCAUUCUCAGUAUGGGAGCAUUACUCUGUCCAAGGAUCACAUCAACACCAUCAAGUUCUAUGAUCCGGACUCCAGUGCGGUGGCUUCUCUCUUUGUAGAGUACGACAGCAGCUUCCUCCCACACCUCCCGUUCCCUCUCCACAGCUCGGACCAGUGUCUGGUCUUUGCUCUGCAGCCGAGGUCAAAGAGCCACAGGGCCUUUUAUUCCAAGGUUUUAUCAGUGUGGCAAAGCUCUGAAUCUGGACUCACUCUGCAGCUGCUGGACCAGGAUCGACUGAGCUGGACCCAGAAAAACAUGCACGCCCGGCUCCAGAAGCUGCACAACAGUCAGGAGCCUCCAGUGGCCAAACGCAGAGGCAGCCUGAAGACUUCAUACUCUCAGCUGCCAGAGCAGGACAUGUUCCUUCAGCACUUUGCUCUGAGCAGCAUCAGCCAGGAGCCCAUUCUGUACGACCACCUGGGAGUGCUCUUCCCCUCCGCCGAGCUGAAGAACCCCGUCGCUGGGCAGGGAGACAAGGUGGUCAUUACCAUCGUCACUGGACUAACUGGAAGCCACAAGAAAAGACUCUGUGACUUCCUGGUCCAGCUGAACAAGGAACGUGGACGGUGGGUGGUGUACGAACCUGGUACCGACAGUUUCUCAGCCCCUCACCUCCAGCAGUAUCUGUCCAGCUUCCUGGAGAGCCAGCGAGGCCGAGGAGGGAAACCCCGUCUGUUGGUGCUGUCCCCUGGUUACACAGAUGUCCUAGAUGUGGUCCAGGCUGUGCUUUUCCACCCUGACCCGGUUAUACAAGCGUGUUUCUCCAUCGGGGCUGUCACUGCCUGUGUGGACCCGUCUGCUUCCUGUUUGGAGCACAGGUUUGCUUUUCCCAAGCUGUUGGAGCAGUGCAGCCAAGGUAUUGUGAGUACAGUGGUGUUCACGGGGCUGACAGCGGAGCAGAAGCACCCUCUCAUGCAGCAUGUUCAGCAGCUGGUACGCUCUGCCAACCCCACUGCAGCCUUCAUACUCGCAGAGAGAGGAGCUGUCACCAGGAAUGAGGAUGUGAAUCUGAUACUGUCUGAGACCAGCUUCCACGAGCCGCAGAUGCUCAGAGCGCGUUAUGUCCUCUACCCUGGAUGGUGCAAAGGGCGCUUCUUCUCCGGUUCUGGGUCUCUGGUCCUCACCCAGCAGCGCGUGGCUUUUAACCGGCCCCUGGAGAGGCCUCUAUUUGUUACCCGGUGUAAAGCACUCAAGUCAUCACUGAAGUCCAGCCCCUUCCGUGGAAACGUGUACAACGUUAAGGGAAAAGUCAAAUUCUCUGACUCGGAACAAGUGAUGGAGGUGAGCUACAACACGGCGAGCGGGAGAAUGAGCGUUGUCUCUGACCAGAGCGCUGACCCGCUCCCCCCGGGCCCCAGGGAGACCAGCGCCUCCUGCUUCCUGGUCUUUGAUGGCGUCGGCCUGACGGAGGACGGACUGAAGGACUGGAUCAGACUGUGCACCAAGCAGAGACAAACGAAGAAGCUGAAGAAAACUAAAAAUAGUCUUUCACCACAUGAAAUCAAGAUUAUACAUAUGACCAGACACCUGGACCCACUACCAUCGGGAUACUUCUACAACGGUUAUCAAUAUGUGGACAUCUUUGGAGAAAAAAGGACCUUCCAUCCCAACAUGGAGGAGUUUGAGAAGGAGUACGUUGCCGAGGCCAACAAGGAGAUCGAGCUAUUCAACCGUCAGCUGGAGCUGCUGGGACAGCCCGACCUGUUUGGUCCGUGAUGGAGUCUGUGUGUGUACGUCCACUGCCUCCAUCGGUCAUAACUCCAAGGCAACCACUGUGGGAGGGGUAGGGAGGGUUACUGGGUUUAUAUACCGAACACUAGGGUGGUCAAUGUGUGUUCACACCACAUGUAUCUGCAGGAAGCACUGCCGCUACAGGUCCAUUCAUUAUCUGUGUCCCAUGUCACACUGUCUCCUAAUGUGGUGGCACGAAAUGACAUCACCCGCCCGGGGCCGGUUGUGUCACAUCGUGGCUGCUUGCCUCUCUGUCGUCUGCAGCACCGCUAACCGAGCGGUUAGCGCUUCGGCGAGUCAGGUGUCGCUUAUCAAAUGAAAAGUGGCAAAUGGAUGUGGUCACUCGUAUUAGUUCAAAUCAAGACACGUUUGUCAAGGGAUGAGACUUGUUCACAGCUGCAGGCAAACCUGAAACCCAAGCCAGCACAAGACUCCAUCUUUAAACCGAUGUGAUUGCACCGCUAAGCCCGCCAGCUAAGAGACUUUCACAAUUGAAGGGAAUUUCCAGCCACUCGCUCCUACAGCUUGUGCUUUUCUGUUUAUCACAGUUGGCAAAUUAAAACCUCUAUUUCUGGACAGGCAUGGAUAGCCGUGUGAUUCUGGUGAGCUCCCUGGUGGGGUUUCUCAAGAAUCGCUCCUCCUCUGUUGUCACCCAAUCCACGGCCCACCUGUUAGCUUGUCUGCGUGCCGUGCUGCGGCAGAGGGAGCGCUUGGCCAUGGAGCUGUAAACAUUGGACAGCCUGUUGGCUGCAGACAGCUGAUGGAUGAUGCCAUUAAUCACAUAGCUCUACGCCACCCAGUGCUUUAUUUUAAGACUCCUAAAGUGAAUCUAAUGAAAGUUCAAAAAAAGCAGACUUCAGUCCCCACAGCAGUCGUAUUCAAGAACAGCUGAGGCUCACACUGCGGUCACAUGAACAUCAGAAACCUUAAAGCACUGUUUUCUGUGAGUUAACAUGCUGCUAGUUAUCAGCGAGAAACCAGAUGGACACAGAAAGGUAAACUAAACAUCCCUGCAGCCAGGUGUGGAUCACACAUUUCACUGUUUCCGUCAAAAUGGUAUAUCUUUUUUUUCACGUGUGAACAUUCCCGUUUUGACUUAUAUAUUUGGGGUUUCUACGUUAGGGUCGGACAAAGGGAAAAUUACAUAAUCUUGGGAAGCGUUGGGUCGGUCUGGGUAAACAUGAGUAGAGCCUCUAGUUACAGGUUCUGUAUCAGUGAUGUGAUGUUGCAGAGGAUCAGAGUUUAUGAUCUGAUUAAUUCAGUAGUUAUGCUACUUAUUUGCUCUGCGAUCGUGUGUCACGCUGAUGUUCCGCUCCUCGGGGUUCCUCCACAGGUUUUAAAUUCUGCCACUUUGUAGGAAAAUAACAUAAGUUUCUGUGUUGUCAUUUUGGCAGCAGCAUAUUUUGGUAUAAAACCCAGAUUCCUAAUCAAAUGAGCUUUUCAAGAUAAAAGUCUGGUAAAUAAUUAGAGAUGGAAAGUUGAAAAACGUGUAGGAACCCUGUUGCAGUGUCUGGAGAUUUAAUGUCAUUCAUUACGGGGGUCAGCAGUGUAACAUCCAUACUAAUUAACAGGGAGUUUAUACAGACUGUAGAUAAAGAUGGACGACACAUCUCCACUUUUUGCGGAGCCGUCAUGUCGUCCAUCUUUAUUUACAGUCUAAGGUUCUGACAGAAGAACAUUUGAAUGCACUUAGAAACGUGCAGCUGCUGAUACAAUGGUAUGAUAUAUUUUACAUUGGCCUAAAUGCAGCAUCAAAUCAACUUGAACAGAGAUCUCCUCAUCGGGGGAAAUGUUUGCUAGCACGUCCUCUCUGUUACUUCCUUAUCCUGAUGUUCUUUAAAUCAGUGAUGAUGUCAGCGUUCACAUCGCUGGGUCUUUACAGGUCGGCGAUAUCCAGUGAAAUUAAAAUGCUCAAUAGUUGUGUUGUCAGCCGGAACACAAACAAAACGAAUGAUAACAUCAUUAGCAAAUGAUCAGAGUCGGAUAAUCCUGAACUCAGCCUGACACUGCUGCCCCCCUCCUCAGCAGAGUCCCCUGGGACCUGAACAAGCCAUACACCCCCCCCCCCCGAUGCUAGAUGUGCCACUGUCUCUUAGAAGAACCGUGCAUUGCGUAGAAUAGCGUAUAACAAGCGAUGCCGUACGCCUCUUUGCCUCAUGUGUUACCUUGGCAUGUUCCACGGGAAGUUAACAUGGAGCCAAGUGACUUAAUCCAUGAACUUCUCUCUUUCAGUCCCCUUCUCCUUCACGCUACGAAAGAAGUGCAAUUGUACCUUGUGCUUUUUAUAUAUUCUACUCAGAGCGCCCUCAAAUAGCUCUUUAAGGACAAAGCCCAGCAAACAAAUGAGCUGCUGAAUUCUCCGUCUCUCGCAGCUUGGGUUCCGUGGUCGGCUGCUUGUUCCUCAAAUAACAACAUUAAGGGUCUUAACAGCAGGUGAAGGGUUUUGUUGCAAAUUGAGAUGCUGCUGGGGGGGGGGAGAAAAAACACACAUUCCCUCCACUUGUGAAUGACUGAUGGACCAGAAAGCAAACAGCUUACUGUGCGUGUUCCUGAGAGCAGGAUAACAUGUAGCAUAAAUCCUUUGUUGACAAAAUGAUAACUCUUGUUGAAGCUGGAUCCCUGGUUUAGUGAUUCAGAGAUGCCCUCUGUAAAGCCGCCCGCUCCGAGCAACAGUUGCUGUCAGUCCGUAGUUACAUAAUACUACAGGGGCUUACGCUGAUUGACAGGGAGAUGGCUGUGAGGCUGACGUAUGGAAGAGUGAAGCUGCCACCACUUCAGAACCAGCUGCACAUGAAUAAGAGCGGAGCAGCGGCAAAUAUUUAUAAUUGGACAAGAGACCAAAAGAAUUGUCCUUAAAGAGUCGAGGGUUAUGGGAGAUGUUUGUAAAGUUUAAAUCAAAUGACCACAAACACACACACACACACACUACACUACUACUACUACUACUACUACUACAAGUAUUUCUAAACUAUUUUGCAUGUGUUGAGAUGUCAUGUGAACAUGAUACCACGUAUACUCUGAGAGAAUUGCCUUUCACCAAACUGGUACAACCAAGAGAAAACUAUCACAUUUAUUUUACAUAUCUGCUGCGAAAAAAUUUGAAUUACCUCAAAACGACAAAGAGUAUUUUUGUAAGACUGUGAAUUGAGACGCGAGCGAAACGUCUCUUCUCGCACAAGCUACAAAAGGCAAAAAGCAGAUGCAAUUUCUUUUUGUAAGAAGAGAAUCUGAUCGUUUGCGAGAUGUCAGGUUUCUCUGAUCCAGCAGUGCCUCGGCUACGGCUAAGAAAAAAGAAAACAGAGAUUAAAAGCUGCAUUCGGAGCUCCAUCCUUCUCCCUGUCACAGGAGCAGGAGGAGGUGUUGUCAGGCAUCCGUCCUUCAACAGUGUUGGUGAAAGGAAUCCAUGGAGUGGUUCUCUAAAGCAAUGUGUUUUUUUUACUAAGCCAGAGGGUACAGUAGACGAGGCCACGUGGGGGAACGGCCACUGGAGGGCUCGGGACCAUUCAGGGUUUCUCACAAACAGACCAAAAAGAGUGAGGGAGUAACGAACCCAGUGCAGCUCUGAUAUUUAACAAUGAUUUAUGUUUUUUGCAAUGGUGCAUUUCUUAGUGAUUUAUUUUGGACCAAAUAGUUGAUUUAUUUAGUACGACUUAAAGGGAAGGUGCGCUUUUGUCUGUUUUGCUUCAAAGUCAAUAACAGGAACUCACUUCUACUUGGGAUGAGAAUCCUCCGUGUUUAUCAGAGUUCAGACGAUAGACUGUAAAUAAAGAUGAACGACGCGUCGCCACUUCCUCACGUCCUACAAAAAGGAAGCUGAAAUACCCAAAGGCGGCCAUCUUGACGUCGUUUGAGGUAUCGAGGUCUCGUCACUCUCAGCUGUCAAUCGAGAUCAAAACCAAAUGUAAAGCUCGGGUUGGUAAUCCUGGAUAAAUGUAUCCAGAUGACCUGUACUGCAUCCGGCCACCAGGGGGGUUGGGCGCCGCCAUGUCGUUCAUCUUUAUUUAAAAGUCUAUGAUACAGACAAAUACAAAAAAAAGGGAGGAUUGAGUUUGAGACUAAAGUUGGGUGACCCCUACUCAUUGCACAGCGGGGCCCCACAGAGCCCUCCACAGGCCCCUCACUGUGACUGCUGCACCGCUCUCUGGCCGACCGAGCACCGUGUGUCUUCAUCCCGUGUGUGGAGGCUAACGAUUUUGUAGCUGAAGUUAUAGGACAAAAACAAAGUUUGGUGUUAAUUGGUUUUUAUGUGAAGUUCAGGAGACUUGAUGUUCUUGUACUGCGAUGUGGGGGGGGGGUUCUUUUUUCCGGGGCCAACAACGUGGAAUGUACGAGCUUCUGGAAGACGUUGGUAUUCUUAUGGUUUUUUGUGUUCUUAUUGGCGAAAGGCGGCUUGGAAAUGGAUUUUUAACCGACCAAAUAUUUCUCAGCCUCCAGGCGACUGUUGGUACUAAUUGUUUGGGCCGUUCCGUCCCGACGAGGUUAAAAGGGAAUCACAGGCUCGUCACCCGAGCGUCCUCACAGACAGCGAGAGGAAGCUUUGCAGCUGCGCUUAUUAUUGCCCCUACCUGAAAUUACACAUUUGCCCCAUCGAACCGAGUGUUGUGGACGGAGAUGGGGGUGAAAUUGUGGUUAAUAUCUCGUGUCUGUAGCCACACACCGGCUGUCCGCACAGCCGCGUGUAAAAAUAGGACGUUGUUAUUCGUGUCAAGGAACACUAACGACUGAAGUUGGGACGUGUUUGAUGUCACGAUGACAGAAUUAGAUCUGGGGGGGGGGAGGAAAGUGCUCAUUUCUUCAUCUGCAGGCCGUCCAAAGUAAAACGUCAAACUUCUCCUGGUUUAUUGUGAUGAGAAGCAAAAAGAAACUUCAGAAGUGCCAAACUUCCACAUGUUCACAGAAAAUGAGCAAAACUGAACUGAAUUGCAUUUGCACUAAACUACUGUAACUUCUGUUUUUUUCCUGUGACUGAUGCUUUUAUAAUCUAAUUGUAUUUAUUGCACCUCGUAAUCCAUUAAAUAUUUAUAUGGUU